UUGUAACGGAGACGCCAUUUUGCAAGCGUCACUUGGCGGCGUGUCGGGUUUCCGCAUUUUGACCCGAAAUACCCUUAUUAAAAUCAUAAUAUUGUUUUGUUUCGUGUAAUAUGUCGUAUCAAUCAAGUGUAGCGCAGGACUCUUUAGCUGCGGCACAGUUGGAGAUGACCGGUAACCCCAAUGCAUUGGCGUUGCGUCGGCCAUUCGACCCGGUGGCUCACGACUUGGAAGCGAGUUUUCGUUUGACCCGAUUCGCUGACCUAAAAGGAAGAAGCUGCAAGGUCCCGCAAGAUGUUUUGGGAAAAUUGGUGGAAUCACUACAGCAGGACUACUCCCAGCAAGAAGAUCAGUUCAUGCAUGUGGCGAUCCCGCGCAUUGGCAUUGGCUUGGAUUGCUCGGUAACGCCACUCAGGCAUGGAGGACUUUGUUUGGUUCAGACUACUGACUUCUUCUACCCAUUAGUGGAUGAUCCCUAUAUGAUGGGCAAGAUUGCGUGUGCUAAUGUACUAAGCGACUUAUACGCGAUGGGUGUUACUGAAUGUGACAACAUGCUGAUGCUGCUCGGCGUGUCAACAAAGAUGACUGAGAAAGAACGUGACGUUGUCAUUCCUCUAAUAAUGCGUGGAUUCAAGGACUCUGCCCUGGAGGCAGGCACCUCCGUCACUGGAGGACAGACAGUUAUUAACCCCUGGUGCGCUAUUGGUGGGGUUGCUACAACAAUUUGUCAACCUAAUGAAUAUAUUGUUCCUGAUAAUGCUGUGAUGGGCGACGUGCUUGUACUUACCAAACCCCUGGGCACCCAAGUGGCUGUGAACGCUCAUCAGUGGCUGGAUCAACCUGAACGCUGGAACCGUAUCAAGUUGGUGGUAUCUGAAGAAGAUGUGCGCAAAGCUUAUCAUCGUGCUAUGGACUCUAUGAGCCGAUUGAACCGUAUUGCAGCACGCCUGAUGCAUAAAUAUAAUGCCCAUGGUUCUACUGAUGUUACUGGGUUUGGCUUACUUGGUCAUGCACAGAACUUGGCAUCUCAUCAGAAGAAUGAAGUCUCCUUUGUGAUUCAUAAUCUGCCAGUGAUUGCUAAGAUGGCAGCAGUGGCUAAAGCAUGUGGAAACAUGUUCCAAUUGUUACAAGGACAUGCCUCUGAGACUUCCGGAGGACUGUUGAUUUGCUUGCCACGUGAACAGGCUGCUGCAUACUGCAAAGACAUUGAGAAGCAAGAAGGCUACCAGGCUUGGAUCAUUGGUAUUGUUGAGAAGGGCAACCGCACUGCACGCAUCAUUGACAAGCCCCGAGUCAUUGAAGUGCCCGCUAAGGAUUAAAUUAUGUUCAAUUUGAGACAGUUACAAGUUUUAUAUCUCUUACUAUGACUUCAUGAGAACUGGAUAAAUUUAAAAAUUUUAUUUUGAAUUUAUUAUGUAUAACUUGGUUUUAAGUAUUUUAGUUUGAUCUUUGGUUUCCAAUGUUUUCUUGUCAGAUUACAAGUUUUAACUGCAGGCAAUUCUGAUUGGAGAGUUAACCCAUCAAAGACAGCAAGAGGGUUAAAUAUAUGUAAGAAAGCUUUUAGGAAACUCAAUCUAGUGACUAUUUUGGUGUUUAUAAUUAUAGAUAAGGUAUCAUAAUUGAAAUAAGAGAAUAAUUCCAUUAGGUACACAUAACCUAUUUGUUUGCAGCUUGUGGAAUGUUUCUGCAAAUUGUGAGAUAAGUAUAAUUAUUAGAAUAAAGUUAUUUUUCAGUCAA